AUGACUUUGGACACUGAUCGAGGAAAAAAUGACCCAAUGGCUAUGGGUCUAAUACCACCAUCAAGUUUGGUUAAAAAAACAAGAUGUGCACCAAAAAGAAUAGGGCGUAUACAAAGGGGAACUUCGCUAACCAAUGCUACCCAAUUAAUAGAGGAGGCACUUGACAAUUGGUCAAAAAAGAGUUGUAUAAGCUUUAAAAAUGUGAUGAAGCCCGAAGAUAUCGAUUAUAUAUUAUUCGAUUCCGUCGCAAAUAAAACAAGGUGUACCGCUGAAUUGGGAAGGCAAGGUGGUGGUCAAACUAUAAAUAUUAACCCUGGAUGUCUGAACAUUCGUACCAUAACAAUGUUAAUCGGAAGAACGUUGGGAUUUAUUUACGAAGUGGAUAGGGAGGACAGGAAAGAUUAUAUAAUCAUCGAUCUAAACAAAAUAGAUCCGAUAUAUGGGUCUGAAAUCUCUGAGACGAUAAAUGCCGACGAUUUUAAUAUUUCUUAUGAGUAUGGAUCUGUAAUGCAUUUCUAUCCUGAUGAAUUCAAAUCUAGUAGAGUUGAAGGCCCGACUUUUAUUACCAAGGAUUUAAACUAUCAAGCCACUAUAGGUUCAUCGAUAGAACCAAGUUUUUACGAUCUCAUGGCUCUCAAUAAAUUUUAUUGCAACGAUUCAUGCAAAGAAAUAAUUUCCUAUUGUAAUAAUUUUGGUUACCCAAAUCCCUCAGAUUGUGAUACGUGUAUCUGUCCUUCUGUUUACGGAGGACAAAAAUGUCAGGAUAGCCAUGAAGAUACAGAAAUUUGUUCUAGCGAAAUCAGUAUCCAGGAGAUAAACGAAAAGGCAAAUCCAAUAUCUAUCCAUUCACCAGGUUGGCCUGAUAAAAAUUAUCAAGGGGAUAAUUGUAAUUGGAUAUUUAAAGCCAAAUGCUCAAAUAAUAGUAUGGGGAAAUUGCGAAUUGAAAUAAACGCUACCAAUUUCGACAUUCUAAAGGCAACUACAGGUCAAUGCAUACAUUGGCUAGAAAUUAAAUAUAAAAAAGAUCAAGCAAUGACUGGUUUAAGAUUUUGCGGCACAAUGCCCAACAUAAUAACAUUAGACUCAGAGUGGGAAAAUUUAGCAAUUUCGUUCCAAUCAGAUAUAUUUCCAAAUUUUUUGCAAAACCAAUCAGCCCUUUUUAAAAUUGGAUUCGAGGCAACCGUGACUUUAGUUCCAAAUUCUUGCGAUGAAGAAAAACUGAGAGAAAACAAUAUGUUUACACCCUGGAGCAAUUGGAGUCCAUGUAGUGAGCCCUGUGGAGGAUGUGGAAUACAAAAAAGGAUAAGAAAAUGCCUCUUUUUAUGCUAUGAUCAAAAGGAUUGUCCUUGUCGUCCCGUCGAAACUGAAUAUAGAGAUUGCAAUCCAUAUUUGUGUGAUAUAACAACAAAAUAUGAUUGCUUUAUCUCUACUAAUAACAUGUAA